UCCUUGCUGGACAUCGUCACAUCCGCUCACAGACAGGAAGAGGUCUUGAACUGCCGCCAUCUUCACAUUAUCCAGGAACACCACAUAACUACGCUCGAUUUCACGCUCGACUCCAGAUAUGAGGCAAGGGACCGUGCAGAUCGGCAUUUGGCUGCUGUUGACGACGCUCUUUUGUGCACUCAAGUCUGCAGGCUCUGCGACCCCAGAAUACCUGCUGGAUGUGCCUCAGGGCCAGUCUGUGGUGUUGUCCUGCCAUCUACAGCUGCCUCCGGGCUUUCUGGAGAAGAACUGCAUCUCAGUGCAAACCAAAGACACUCGGAAGAAGAAGCCACCUUCAAAUGCAACCGACCGAGAGGUGAGCGAGGAGAAGACGCAGGAGGUGCUCCUUUUCUUGGAGAGAGGUCAGGAGAAGACCGAGUUUCAGUCCUCGCUGUACCGAAACAGGACCCGUCCCUGGGGUGGGGGAGACGUCAGCGUGGAGUUAUUGAACGUGUCUGUGAGGGACAACAACACCGUUUUUCAGUGUUUUGUGAGUCAAGACUGCCGGUGGCUUAAGCUCCAGACAGAGAUCACCCUACGGACCUUGGAGAAGACAGGCGCUGAAGGUGGGAAAGGAAACCCUGCUGUGACUGUGACUGAGAAUGAGAGCACCACUGUGACCGUGACUGCUGAUGGGAAUCAGGACAGUACUGUGGCUGUGGCUGUGGCUGUGGCUGUGGCUGUUUCUGUGCCGGUGGUGGUGCUGGUGCUGGCCUUCGUGGCUGCUUGUGUCUGCACCAGAAGAAGGCGAGCCAAUCAAGAUGCCACAGAGGGCGGGGCCAUGGCAACAGUGGAGAAUGGAGAGAUGGGACCCAAAGAGGACAACGUGGGAAAACAACACCAGCCGGAUGGACCGGUUGUGAUGACCAAGGACCAGCUGAAUGGAUCAACUGUCAAAGACCAAGACCAGCCGAAUGGAUCAACUAUCAAAGAGCAGGACCAGCCAAAUGGAUCAACUAUCAAAGAGCAAGACCAGCCAAAUGGAUCAACUAUCAAAGAGCAAGACCAGCCAAAUGGAUCAACUAUCAAAGAGCAAGACCAGCCAAAUGGAUCAACUAUCAAAGAGCAGGACCAGCCGAAUGGAUCAACUAUCAAAGAGCAAGACCAGCCGAAUGGAUCAACUAUCAAAAAACAAGACGAGUCGAAUGGAUCAACUGUCAAAGACCAAGACCAGUUGAAUGGAUCAACUAUCAAAAACCAAGACCAGUUGAAUGGAUCAACUAUCAAAAACCAAAACCAGUUGAAUGGAUCAACUAUCAAAGAACAGGACCAGCCAAAUGGAUCAGGAAUCAAUGACCAGAACCAGCAGAGUGGAUCAACUAUGAAGAACCAGCAGAGUGGAUCGUCUGAAAAGAACCAUAACCAUCAGCACCAGCAGAGUGGAUCAGCUGAGAAGAACCAUCAGCAGCAGCACCAGCAGAGUGGAUCAGCUGAGAGCACAGCAGCCCCAGAACAGGAGCCUCUACUCAGGAACGGACACAGCAGGGGGGAGGAGGACCGUGGAGGCCAGAGGGAACAGGACAGAGCCCUGGGGGACCAGGACAGAGCCCUGGGGGAACAGGACAGAACCCUGGGAGAACAGGACAGAACCCUGGGGGAACAGGAGACCUGUCUGUAGAGCAACAUUCAUGUAAUACAUACGAUAAAACAUAUAUUAUUAUAUAUUAAUUAGCUCAUA